CUCUUCGUUCUACAACUGCAAAACAUUUCAAUCAAAAUGUUCAAGGCUCUGAUGAUCUGCGCUAUCUUCGGACUGGCCGUUGCUGCCGUCCACCAAGUUCCACAUGCCGAACAUCAUGUUGAGCAUCAUGCAGGUGGAUCCCAUGACGAUGUGCACGCAGAGGUUCUUAGCCAGAAGGUCGAUGUACGUCACGACGGCUUCGAUGCAUCCCUGGAGACCAGCAACCACAUUAUACGAGAAGAUCACGGUAAUGAGCAUGGCCAACAUGGCGCCUUUAGCUGGAUCUCUCCCGAGGGUCAGCACGUUGACAUUAAGUACACUGCAGAUGAGAAUGGCUACCACCCAGAGGGAGAUGUCAUUCCCGUUAUCCCUGAACAUGUACAUCGCCUUAUUGAAUACAAUGCAGCACACUCCCACGAAGAUGUCCAUUCCCAUGGCCAUGACAUUCACCACUAAAAGGAUGUCACUUCCUACAAGGAGUCUUUUUAAUGAACCUGGAUCGCACACUUGACUAAUCUCGGACAUUUCUCUGUAGUCUUUAAGAUUUAAACCUCCAAAAAAUGUUGUUUUUUUUUUUGACAAGCAUAAUAAAUACGUAUUUUCAAAUAAA